UCAUCCAUUCCCACUAUAGCUUUAUGCACAUCUGUCCAAAGUGUAAGAAGAUUCAGUUCCUGAAUUUUUUGACUUCUUCUUUCUAGUCCCUUGUGGUUUGGAUAAGUGUGCACUCCAAAGUUUAACUGAUGUUUUUAUGAGCUGCGUGUGCUCUUGGAUGAUUUCAGUGGUUCUGCUGCCUGCCUGUUUUCUGCAAACAUGGACUCAAUCACGACAACCGACGAUUACUAUACUGAUGAUUAUCCUACAGAUUAUUCUGAGAGGAUGGUCACACCGUGCCACCAGGACCCCGUCUAUGGUUUCGCCAAGAAAUAUUCCCCUAUUGUGUACAGCAUAGUGUUUGUCCUGGCUGUCAUUGGCAAUGUCAUGGUGCUGUGCGUGAUCAGACGCUACAGAAACUCCCAGAGCGGCGGAGCCUGUGCCUUCUCUCUGACAGACACCUUCCUCCUUCACCUGGCCAUUUCUGACCUCCUGCUGGCCUUCACCCUGCCCCUGUUUGCAGUGCAGUGGGCCCACGAGUGGAUGUUCGGCGCAGCGGUUUGCAAGAUCUCGGGUGCUCUUUUCUCCUUGAACCGCUACAGCGGCAUCCUGUUCUUGGCGUGCAUCAGCUUUGACCGGUACCUGGCUAUAGUUCACGCCGUCAGGUCCGGCUGGAAACGCAACACGUGCCACGCCCAAUUUGCAUGUGCAGCCAUCUGGGUGAUGUGCCUCGGCUUGAGUGGAGUCGACAUCGCAUUCAAACAGGUGGUUGAGGUCGCUGUUAAAAACAAUGAGAAUCAAAAAUUGUGCAUGUCUUGGUUUCCUGGGGAGCGGUGGCCAGUGAGCUUGCAUUUUGUCAGCGUGAGUCUGGGUUUUGGUCUUCCACUGCUCAUCAUGCUCUACUGCUACAUCCAGAUCUUCAGGUCUCUGUGCAAUGCCUCUCGUCGUCAAAAGCGCAAGUCUCUCCGUCUCAUCAUCUCCUUGGUAUCUGUGUUUGUCAUCUGCUGGGCUCCUUACAACUGCUUCCAGCUGGCGGACAGCCUGCAAAGGCUGGGUGCAGUGACUGUGGGCUGCCAGUUUUUAAACGUGGUGGACAUUGGGACUCUGAUUACCGAAAGCGUGGGGCUUUCACACUGUGCCCUGAACCCUCUGCUGUACGGCUUUGUUGGGGUGAAGUUCAGGAGGGAGCUGAUGAAAAUGUGCAAGGAGAUGCUCGGACGGAGAGGGUGGUCGGAAAUUGACAGGUUAAGGGAGAGAAAAUCUAGAAAGAGCUCAGGAUCUCUAACCUCUGCAGGAAGUGAAAAUACUUCCUACUCUGUCAUGGUGUGAUAUCUGUCAAAGAUGAGAAGAUAAGUGUAGAUGUGGGGUGUGAAAGGGUUUUGAAACACAGAAUCUUUGCAAAAAGGAUGUUCUCACAGGAAAAAGAUGUAUGUUUGUAUAUGUAAGAAUGGUGCUUAAAUGUCAAUGUUGUCCACUUCAUCUUGUUUUUUCUUUUUUUCUUUUACUGUCAAUACUGUAGAACAGCAUGAAUUGUACAUAAUACUAUAAUGACACAGGCUGAUGUUGUUAUAAAGUGUCUCUUGAGGACGUGUCGGAUUAUGCGCCCCAUAUUGAGAAAUAUGAGGAUUUCUUCACCCUUCGUAGCAAAACCUUGUUCAGCAAUUUGAUGGCUGACCGCAACUUCAUUACUCAGAAUCCUGUUACAUUUAUGAGUUAAAAUACAUUUGUCAAACAAUUUUUCAAGAAAUGUUUUUCAUUUUAAUGUCAGUAGAGUGUGAUGAAAAUGAAACUUUGUGUUGUAAGGAGGAAAUUAACCAGGAUUUUGUACAUGUUAAAUUUUUUUGGUCAGUUUUUUUUAAAUAAAUGUUUUGAUUAAAA